AUGGGAAUUGCAAACACAGGACAAAGAAACCGGGCCGCCAGCAUCACUUCAGUCAGCAACGACGUGCUGCCAAUCAUCUUAUCCGAGGAGCAAGAUCAACAAUCGUCGUCUGAAAAGACUUGGGACUUUGGCGGAGUCGACAGUGUCUUUUUCGACGCCUCGCUCGAAGAGCAGGACGACAUUACAGAUCAAUGUCUUGUCAACUCUCCUCCACCGAGCACCGACGCGCACGCGCACGCGCAGGUUCGUGCUGUGAACAAGGCGGAAGCUGCUGCAAAACCUACCGCUCUGGUAGACGGGUCAGAAUCGAGUAUUGCCAAAGGUCUUCUGAAUGGACAGUUGGUCUCGACCGAUGCCAAUGAAUUAUCUCAAGACUCUUGCAGUCGAAUACUGGCCAUGUUUCCGCAGCAGUCACACAAUCAUCGCUACGAUGAUAUUAUGGGCUGCAAACCGCAACAGUCCAUGCACGCAUCCGAUUUUAUGCAGCCGAGCCACAAUACAUCUGCCUGCUUCGGCACUACCGGCGCAUCGUCAGCGACUACUACAGGUAGCCAGAGCUUCUCCUGGCCUCGAUCCGAGUCGCGCCCGGGGACGGCCAGCCGCAGCGCGGAUUCUUCUUCUUCCACCACCCAGGACGUCGUCUCCCUCGAGCGCAUCCGCGAGUUUGUCGAGGACGCCGGCUACGAGAGCCUGGAAGCCAUGAUGGCGGCCUACUACAGCGCCAAUCUCAGCGCCGGCGCAAAUGCCCGACCGGCGCAGGCCGUGGGCCGUUCGCGGCGGCUGCGCAGCUUCCUCUCUGCCAUUCAUCGCAGCCACGUCGAGUGGGGUGAGCAGGAGCGCAACGCGUACAGGGAGGAGAUUGUGCGCGCUGCCGAGGGUAUUUAUGCGGAUGAACUGGCCAACAUGGUGCAUGGCGCCACGGAGACGAGCAGUAACAAGCUGCUGUCCAUUGCUGGCUCGUCCAAGCCAACGGCGGAGACGAGCCGUGUCUACAUUGCACAUCGCAUUCAAAAUUUAAUCUCGGAUCCGGAUAUCCAAGAUUUUAUGCGAAAGGAUCGAAAGGACUUGCAAGAUACAUCUAGUAAAAACCUGUGGUAUUUCCAAUUUGUUUGCCAUGUGGACCAGUUGGCGACCUGA